AUGUGUUCAGCCCGUGAGGAGCUUCCGGACCCUGACCCAGAGGAGUCGCCAGAGGAGCUGACGGAGGUGGUGUGUCUGGAGUCAGACCUGCAGGAUGGACAGAUGAUGGAGGUUGAAGUGGGACAUCACAGUGUGCUGUUGGCACGCAGCGAGGGCAAAUACAGUGCCAUUGGUAACCAGUGUACACACUAUGGAGCUCCACUCAGCAAAGGAGUUAUUUCAGGCCACACAGUGCGCUGCCCGUGGCACGGCGCCUGUUUCAACGUCCAUACGGGAGAUCUGGAGGAGUUCCCCGGCAUGGACUGUUUACCCUGCCACAAGGUCAAAGUUCAAAACAACAAAGUGUACGUGUCUGUAAACAAAAAGACUCUGAGUGAGGAAAAGAGAGUAAAGCGUAUGGGAGCUGCAGUACCAGGAGUUACUCACACUAUACUGCUGCUGGGAGGAGGAGCUGCGUCGCUGAUCUGUGCCGAGACUCUGCGGCAGGAAAACUUCGGCGGCAGAAUCAUCAUGGUCACCAGAGAUGAACUUUUACCUUACGACAAAACACGACUCAGCAAGGUAAUGAAUGUGGAGAGCGACACUAUUCUGCUGAGGAGGAUGGAGUUCUUCCAUGAGCACGACAUCGAGGUGUGGCUCAGGAAAGAAGUGGUGUCUGUGGAAACGGACAAGAAGACUGUCACAUUUGAUGAUGGUUCAGUCCAGAGCUAUGACCAUCUCCUCAUCUCAACCGGCUGCAGAGCGAAGGGACUGGAUAUGCCCGGCAUGAAGUUGGACAACGUCAGGAUGUUGGAGACACCAGAGGACGCCCGGCAAAUUCACUCAGCCUGUCUGGGCUGCAAUGUCGUCCUCGUGGGAACCUCUUUUGUUGGUAUGGAAGUAGCAUCUUAUUUGAUAGGCAAAGCCUUCAGUAUCACAGUGAUCGGCAGCAGUGAGCUGCCGUACCAGAACACACUGGGUCGGGAAAUUGGCAAAAUCACCAUGAAGAUGCUGUCAGAGAAAAAUGUGAAAUUCUACAUGAAUGAUAAUGUGACGGAGGUCAAAGGUGUAGAUGGCAAGGUGAAGGAGGUUGUGCUUAAGAGUGGAAAAGUCAUCCCAGCGGAUGUUUUGAUUGUUGGUAUUGGCAUCAAACCGAACUCGGAGUUCCUGCGGGGCAGCAAAAUACUGAUGGACUCAAAAAACUUUGUAACAGUCGACAAGUACAUGUGCACCAGUGUCCCCGGUGUGUACUGUGGGGGCGACCUGACCACCUUCCCCCUGGCAAUGGCCAAAUACCAGCUGGUCAACAUCGGACACUGGCAGAUGGCACAAGCACACGGGAGGAUAGCAGCUCUGAACAUGCUGGGAAAAGCGACUGAACUCAGCUCAGUUCCUUUCUACUGGACCGUCCUACUGGGUAAAACCAUCCGAUAUGCAGGCUAUGGGGAGGGAUACACUGACAUUGUAGUGAAAGGAAAGUUUGAAGACAAGAAGUUCCUGGCAUUUUACAUCAAGAAUGAUGAGGUCAUAGCAGCAGCGAGCCUAAACUACGACCCAGCGGUGUCUGCAGUGGCUGAGAGGUUCGCAGCAGGAAAAGUCAUCACGAAGAAAGAGGCUGAAUCCGAUGACCUGAGCUGGCUGAAGUUGCCCCGGUCGACACUUUCCUCCACUCUCAACGCGUCACCUGUACAAUGUUGACAUGCAGCCAUGGAUGUCAUUCAUCUGUGUCUUCGUCACCACCUCUCUCACCCAGGACAGAGAGUUUGGAAACUUGGAUUAAAGUGUUUGAUUCAGAAGAGACAGAUUUCACACAAUCCACAGUGAAAUUUGUAUUUACAGUGUUGGAAUUUAAACUGUACGUCAUACACUCAGUGUUCAGGUGAGGGGGACUCCACCAUGCAAACAACAGAUACCUCAGAUAAAUGCAGCUUUAGGGACUUCUUUUAUAAUCACAAUAUGUUUUAUUAUUUCUUUAGAGUUUUUUUUAAUUUUAUUUCAUGGCUUUAUGUCUCAAGGGGUAUUUCAGAGACAUCACAUUUAAGAUGUCUCGGUAUAUUCUCUGCUGUUAAUCUCUAAAAGGCGGUGUACGAUGCCUUUUACUUGGAUGGGGCUGCUGGAAAGCGGCAUUGGUGCCCGCCACGGCCAUGUGCGUGGUCCAGUCAGUGAGUCGGAGGGGGGAUUAUGAGAACAGAGGGGGAGUGCUCGGCUCUUUGAAGCAGAGAUGCUGAAAUAGGCAACGGUAACAAUAAACACACCAACAGGGAACAAUAGGCCCUCGACAAACAGCACGCAAAUGCAGUGUGACAAAACCUUCACAAAAGAAAUGCUGCGUUUUUCUCUCUCUCUUCUCCCCCGUCUGUCUCUCUGCUGGUUUAUCACCGUCUUUACUUCACACCUCCACAUUUCCUUUUAGCUUCACUCUCCCUUCCUGUCAACAGCAUGCCUCGGUUCAUUGUAUCCAAGGUGCACACUUUUCAAGGCCAAUACCAUAUAGGAAUGCAUAAUUAAUCAAAAUUGUAUCAUAAUCGCAAUAUGGCCUACUGCAAUUUUCUAAUUGCAGGAUGAGGAGGAAAUCGCGAUAUUUGUUAAAGGUGAAAUGUGUGUCAA